AUGGGAUCCAUCACACCGCUUGUUGACAAACAAACCAUUGACCCCAUAGACGGAAGCGACUUCUUGAUUGCUGCCUUUGUAUACUUGCUGCUGGGUGCCGCCCACAGAACCCUAGAGGCAGAUCAGCUGUGUCCCACCUGUCCUUACUUCCUGCCCACGUCCGUCGAGGUCACCACACCUGUGGGCAUCCCGGCCAACCUCACCUGCGGCGUCAGGCAGCUCGGGGACAAGAAGGUGUCGUGGAUCAGGCGCCAGGACCUGCACGUGCUGACCACAGGUAACUUCACGUACACGACGGACACGAGGUUCCGCGCGCUGCACCUGCCCGGCUCGCCCUUCUGGAGCCUGGAGGUGGACCGGCCCGCCAUCACCGACUCCGGCCUCUACGAGUGCCAGGUGUCCACGCAGCCCAAGAUAUUCCGCCGCUUCAGGCUCAGCGUCGUGGUCCCCAUCGCGCGCAUUACCGGCUCGAGGGAGAUCUUCAUGAAGGCGGGCAGCGACAUCAACAUCACGUGCGUGGUGAAGGGCGCCAUCAGGGGAGCGCCCGUCACCUGGUACCACGUGCUGCCCCGCGACCCACCCAAGGAGGAGCUGGUGGAGAUCAACGCCGGGCGUCGGGGUGGCGUGCAGCUGGUGACGGACAAGAACUCGGGCACCAGCUGGCUCCUGGUCACCCAAGCCACCUGGAGGGACGCCGGGAACUACACCUGCGCGCCCGUGCACGCUACGCCCGCCUCGGUGUCCGUCCACGUGCUUGACGAGGCUCCAGCCGAGCUUCAAAACGACCCCCAGCCGAGCCGGGCCCAGACGUCCACCCAAGGAACACCAGGCCUCCCGCUGCUCCUGCUGGGGCUUCACUGUCUGCUGGGGCGCGACAGGACGAGAAUGUGGUGACUCUGGGCUCUCCUGGGGGCGUGUCUAGUGCUCCCCAGCGCCAUCAGGGUUACGAGUGGCCUUCAGGACGCCUCUCAGACUAGUAAAGCAGCAGAAGGAUCGUUAACAUUCGCUGCGAGGGAUGGAAAUAGAGUCCUUGGCGUCACGCUCUUAAGAAAACGGGAGUUGGGAGGUGAUUUGAGGAUAGCCUUUGGUUCCUACACUCCGUCUUCUUUUCCUGCAUCUUAAACUCCCUUAUCCUCUUCCUCCUCCUUCGUCUCCUAUACGCCAUCCUUCUCCUUAUUCUUAAAAUCCUACACUAACUCCUCCUCUUCCUCCUCCUUCUCCUCCUCCCGAAGGCACCAUUACCGCCCACUCAGAGUUCCGAUGCCCACGUGCUUUGAUCAAUCCUCCUCCUCCUCCUCCUCCUCCUCCUCCCCUUCCCUUAAUCACUCCUUCUGCACUCCCCUCACCCACGCCUUUCGCCCUCAGCUCUAAUCCAUGGCGGGGCGUGUGGGAAGCGAGGCGCGGAGGACGUAGCGGUGCUGGAGUCUUUUUGUGUUCGUUGUUUGCGGUGGUGUGUUAGUGCGGGUGUGUUGCGUUGGUUGUGUUGCGGUGGUGUGUUGGUGCUGGGGAAAAGGAGUUAAAGGGCGUAAAGAGGAAAACUGUGUACCUAUCGUGUGUGUUGUCCAUCCUCCCUCAUGCAUGUGUAAAAAUGUGUUGCUCAUUCCUGCUCUCUCGAUCACGCCACAUGCAAGCGCACACACACACACACACACACACACACACACACACACACACACACACACACACACACACACACACACAUCAUACACGAACAAUGUACAUAUAAUUCUAAGGUCGUGUGUACAGUGUAUUCAUCAGUGUGUACCUUUCCACUCCAUCACCCAGUCACGUGAAUACAUAAGCGUUCAUGCAUACAUACAUAUAUACAUACAUACAUACAUACAUACAUACAAUCAUACGUAAAUUCACUCGCCAGGCAGAGCGAAUUAGAGAGGGAGAGAGAGAAUGGAAAAUCACGUAAACUGAAUGUGUAUUUUUUUUUCCUUAACGUAAACAUACACUUUAUAAUGAGACUCAGAUCACACGAUUUUUUCACUUGUCGCUCUAAAGGUAUGGAAAAAAUAAAAGUAAACAAGAGAUUUUAAAUAUAAAUGAUAAAAUAGUGAAUGUCGAGAAACGUUAAUCAUAUAAAAUGGAAGAGUGUUCGAUGCCAACGAGAAAAAAAGGUAAGAUCGAGGAAGACAAGGUGAUUGACAUAUAUAAAGUUAGAGAGAAAAAAGAAGUGAAAACAGAUGAACACUUGAAAAGAUGCAUCAGGGAAAACAAACUCAAAGUGCAAAAGGUAAAAUAUACAAAAUAAGGAAUAAAAGAAAAAUAGGUGAUUGAUGAUACAAGUUGAUGAGAAAUAAAAUGAGAUGGAGGAGAGAAAGUGAGAUAUAAAAGGUUAAUAUAAAAAAAAUAGUUAGAUGAUGGAAAGGAGGACAAGCGAAGAGAAAAAAGGUGAAAACCUGCAGAGAAAAAUUGGAAAGGAAACGGAAUUUACGCAAAUCUAAACAAGAAUACCAAAAAAAAGGAAGUAAAAAAGAAAAAAGAACUGGACACCCUACAGGGGAGAAAUGUGCAGGUAUGAAAUUAGGGUGCAGAUGUGAUAAAUUAAUCUUGGUUCUGUGGAAAUAAGAUAAAGAUGCAAACGGUGAAAAGAAUAUUGGAACUCAUGAAAAGGAAGAUAUACAAAAGAUAUGAGAAGAACGUAAACAUCCAAUCAGAGAAAAGGAAGAAAUUAUCGACGUUGAAACUCUUGAAAGAUUGAAAAAGAUCGAAAUUGUAAAAGACUAAGACUCAUGAAAAGGAAGCUGCAAAAAAAUAACUAUCCAGCGAACGUAAACAAAUUAAAUGAGCAAAUAAUGGAGAAAUUUCGAGGGGCAAAAGGACUAAAAUUCAUCUGUUACUGUAACCAAUGGGUCUUAUCUUAGUGGAAGUGAAAUAGAGCUGAAUAAUUUAAUAAACAAUUUGAAGCAGUGAAAAAAAUAAAUAUGUAAAGAGAUGAAUAACGUACUGUCUGACUUUUGAAUUCUGAAAAUCCUGUAGAUAAAAACCUGAAAUAGAAAAGACUGAAACACGUAAAAAAGAAAGAGCAAAAGAAAAUCAGGUGAGACUUAAAAAAAACGUUUGAGAAGAAAAAAAUGAAAAUUCUCGAAGGAUGUGGAGUUAUUGAAUUAGACUUAGUAUGAUAAAAGUUUUUCGGCUUUGUGGAAAUGUGAGAGAUGAAAAAGGAGGACUGACACUCACGCGGGAAAAGAACUGAUUUGAAAUUAACCUGGGAAGACGAUCAAUGACUCUCUCUGGCUGGUGAAGAUGCAAUAGAGAUGAAAAUAAAAAAAAGAAUGAAAUUGUUAGCACAAGAAUGAGAGAACUACAAAAAAGAAAAAGAAAAGAAAUAAUUAAAAGAGGACUGGCACUCACGGAAUAAAAAUAAAAAAAACUUAUUGAAUUAAACUAAUAAGACGAUCAAUGACUCACCCUCGGGUUCGUGGAGAUAGAAAAAAAAAACCGGAAAGAUAAAAACGAUAAAAGGAAAGAUAAAAGGAAAAAAAAGGAAAAGAUAAAAAUUCAGACAAAAAGAACUUAUCAGAUCAAAAAUGAAGUUAAUUUCCUUGCUCUCGAUUACGCUAGGAAUUAGUGUUAUCAAUGAAACAAAUAAAAUAAAAGAAAGAAGAUUAAUUAAAUGCUUUGUAAAUUUAACUUCGACGCUGUAAUCCAUUAUAGACACAAGAACGAUGAGGAAAUAACAAAAGGAAAUUAGCAAAUGAACGAGUUACUGUUAGCAAUAAUUCAUUUUCUAUCAAUUAAGUGAUUUCUGUGGAAGGUAAAAAGUGAAAGAAAAUGAGAUACAAUAAAAUUUCUGAACGUUUGAUUCUCUCUCUCUCUCUCUCUCUCUCUC